GGUCCUUUCUUCUGUCUUGGGCACAAAGCCUCUUCGCAUAAAAAAAACCCAAUUCCUCACUCUCUCGCUCUCAUUUCCUCUGAAUCAACAACGAAAAUCAAACAGUGCAGAAAACCCCAAACAAAUCAAAUCAAAUCGUUGUUCCAAGUAAAGAAUUGAAGAAUGAGCCGUGGAAGCGGAGGCGGAUACGAUCGCCACAUCACCAUUUUCUCUCCCGAAGGUCGUCUCUACCAAGUCGAAUAUGCUUUCAAGGCUGUUAAGGCUGCUGGGAUAACCUCGAUUGGCGUUCGCGGAGCCGAUUCAGUGUGCGUUGUUACUCAGAAGAAAGUUCCGGACAAACUUCUGGAUCAGACGAGCGUCACCCAUUUGUUUCCGAUUACUAAGUACCUCGGUCUCUUAGCUACUGGCAUGACAGCUGAUGCGAGGACUUUGGUUCAACAAGCGAGGAACGAGGCUGCUGAGUUUCGUUUUAGAUAUGGAUACGAAAUGCCUGCUGACGUAUUGGCCCGAUGGAUUGCCGACAAGUCUCAGGUUUACACACAGCAUGCCUAUAUGAGACCACUUGGCGUAGUGGCCAUGAUAUUGGGAAUUGACGAAGAGAAAGGUCCACAGCUCUUCAAGUGUGAUCCUGCUGGUCAUUUUUUUGGUCAUAAGGCAACAAGUGCUGGAGGGAAAGAGCAAGAGGCCGUUAACUUCUUAGAAAAGAAGAUGAAAAAUGAUCCUGCUUUCUCGUAUGAUGAAACUGUACAGACUGCAAUUUCGGCUCUGCAAUCUGUUCUACAGGAAGAUUUCAAGGCCAGUGAGAUUGAGGUUGGGGUGGUGAGAAAAGAAGAUCCGGUUUUCAAAGUAUUGUCAACCGAUGAAAUUGACGAGCACCUCACUGCUAUAAGCGAGCGCGACUGAAGGAGCCACUUUAUUUUGGCCACUUUUUUAUAUGAACUUUGUUCGGUGAUGGAUGAAGGAGCUGAGGGUGUUCUAAAUUUUAAUUUCGCUAUUUGUAUGCUGACUGAUCGAUCCUUUUGAUGUUUCCGUUUCCAUUUGAUGCACUGUGGAUGGUUGAACUUACGAAUUAGAAUCAUUUUUAUAAAUGGUAAGCACAUUUGCAUCUACUGAUAUUAUAAUUCCCUUCUGGUUGAGA